CUAUGCUCGUUACUCAGGUUUAGCUCGCAUUUUGAAUCCGGUUUCGCUUCGAUACACUUCUAAAUUUUCUCUGAUCAAAUUUUAUAAGAAACAAAAAACAAAAAUUAACUUUUUAAUCUUUCGGUUUAUUCUAGUCGAAGCUUAACAUGUGCUCUCCGUGCGGUCCUUGUAGUCCAUGUGACCCCUGCUGCGGUCCCUUCGAGUGCUCACCCAAGUGCUACAAUGCCGCCCAACUGGAGGCCUUGCCACAAUGUGCUCCACGUAUUCCACCGCCCUUCCCCAAAUGCAUUACCGUGCAGCAGCCACCACGCAUGAUCUGCAAAAAACGCGUGGUGUUCACGGAGAAGAUUGUGCCGGAGCCAAUGGUGGUUAACCGAUGCCGGCAGAUCACCAUUCCAAAGGUCGUUGAUGCCACGCGGGUGAUCAAGGUGCCCAAGCUGAUUUGGGUGUCGCAGAUGGUGCGAGAACCCAGAGUAAUCUACUACCCCUCGAUGAUCCCCGACCCCUAUGUGGUGUGCUAUCCCAAGCGCGUCUGCGAACCACGUGAGGUGUGUCAGUCGAUCCUGUGCCAGCCGAAGCCGCAGACCAUCGACAUUCCGCCACCAAGGGAGUACUGCUGCUAUCCAAAUGGACCCAUCAACUACAAGCCCAGUGCAGCCUGCCCACCCUGCCCCAUUGGACCAUGUGCUCCUGGAGGACCCUGCUGUCCGCUGCCCUGCUUCUCCACAAACCAAUACCCAGUGGCUGAGGGCAGGUGCGGACCAUGUGGACCCUGUGGACCCGGAUGCGGACCUUGCGGACCCUGCGGACCAUGCGGACCCUGCGGACCUUGGGGACCAGGAUGCGGUCCUUGCGGACCCUGUGGACCCUGCGGACCCUUCGGACCAGGCUGUGGUCCAUGCGGACCGUGUGGACCCUGCGGACCUGGCGCUUGUGGCUUCGGUCCUUGCGGACCGUGCUGAUCUGUAAAACAACUGGAAAGAUUUACUUGACGUCUGCAAAAAUAUUUUGUGACAAUUCCGCGUUAUGGAAGUCCACAUCCGCACCCAAUUAUAUGACAGUCCAAAUUAACUUUGCAAGUUUCGUAAAUUAAAGAAGUGCAUUAAUACAAUA